AUAAAUUUGUAAAGAUGUCUCUUUGCUUUCGUACUAUUUCAAAUAAAUUUACAUCGUUUGUAAAUACGAGAAAACAAGUAACGAAAAUCGACCGUCAAUUGCCAAAGAACGUGAAAUCGUCUUCAUUUUUGGAUGAGUUUUUAGGACUACAGACUUCAGUGGAUAUAAAAACAAACUUAACAGAUAGGAAUUUAGACGUUUUUACAGAUGUCUAUUCGUUCCAUCAGAAUCUGCUACCCAUUUUAGUUAAAUCUCAUCAGGAAUGGGAAAAAGCAUUGGUCAGGAGUUAUAUAAAAAAUGAAAAUGGAAUUUUGCGUAUAGAACAGAGUGUGAUGGAUUACAGCAGGUUCUCAAAUACAGAACCUAUGUUAAUCAAUUUGUUAUUAUAUGACAUUACCACAGAUUGUAAAGGAACGAAAGAUAAAUCUCUAAUAAGAGCUACAUCUUAUAUCGCAAAUAAUGAUAUUGACAUUUUCAUAAAUAAUAAUAGAUUUUUCUCUAAUAAACAAAUAUUUGGUGCUAUUGUGGAUAAUAAUUUGGAACAAAGUACUAUUUUACUCACAAAUGGUGAAAACAUUAAAGCACAAGAAGCUAGUAAUAAACAAGCAAUUAAAGGCAAUGAGGGUAGACCAUCGAAAGAACAAUUAGAAUAUAUAUUCACUUGUCUCAGCAAUGAUUUACCAAAAUUUUUUAUUAAAUCAUUGGAUUAUACUAUAUAUUCGACAGAUAUAAUAUUUAUUAAUAAUAUUAAGGGACUAACAACAAAGGGUAUAUUUAAUUACAUCAAACAAAUAGCUUUGGUAAAAACAAUUGGCCAUUUAAAAUUUGCAUAUAUAAAAUUAAAUGUAUUAAAGAUUACUAUUGAUCCGGAAGAUGAUACAAUAAAAGUACGUUGGCGAAUAAGUGGUAUUACAGGGCUAAAAGCACUUUUUACAUUAUGGAGAUUUAAAUUGUGGAAAAUGAAGGAAGCUCUAAAUGAUGCAGAAGUAUGGUAUGAUGGAUUUUCCACAUAUUAUGUGGAUGUUAAUGGCAAAGUAUAUAAGCAUGUAAUUGACAAGUUGAUGCCUGAUCAAAAUCAACUUUUUGAGAAAGGAAAACCAGAAGUUGCUACAAAACUUGCAUUGUUCAUAGGGGUUCAGGAUUUGUGAAUACUAAAUAGCAAUGAAUUUAUUUCAAAAUUAAAACUUAUUAUGCUUAAUGUAAAAUGAAGAGGAAACCAAAAGAUCACAUAAGUAGCGAAAUAAACACGAUUUAUGUACAUUAACACAAUCUUAUCAACAUUUGUUGAUAUUCCAAUUUUCCAUAGCAUAUCCUUGAAAUGAUGAAAUAGAUUACAUGGAUUUUAAAAUCUUGUGUAAUUCUAUAUAUAUAAACACGUUUUAAUUUAAAAAUAUUGUAUAAUCAAUUCAAUGCCUGUAAAUCAAUAUAUAUACUUUUAUUUACGAUAAGUUAUUAUUUAUAAUGAAUUUAUUAGAUAAAAGCAUAAAUGAAAUCUUGCAAUACUAUUUAAAUUUUUGGAUGUUCAUUUAUAAAAAACUAAAAUUUAUGUACAUACAAUUUAUGUAAUAAAUUGAAGUACAAAUUAAUUUGCAAUAGAUAUUGUGACAAAUAUAAUAUAUUAUUAUAGUAUUUAAUAUUACUUAUUUUGCACAUCAUGAUGUACAUGAUUUACAAUAGCGAUUGCCAAAGUGUGUUUCAUAGAACGUCCGCCAACUAAUUUAGGUGUUUCGAAUGACAGUUUGGUGAUCAAAUUAUAGGAACGGCCAACUUUCAUAUUAUUCAUAUUAGAUUGUUAUAGAGGGUUUCGCGAUCUUUCGAAAAUUUUUUGAGAGUCCCACGACCAAAAAGUUUGAAAAUCCCUGAUCUACAGUAUUUUCCAUAUAUUAUUAUAUAUUUUUUGCUAAAAUGCAUGAGUAAAAUUAAAGAUACUAUUAUUUAUAUCUUUUGUAAUUUCUUUGAUAAUGAGUAAAUAAGUAUUUGUUUUAACACAUACAUAGGCACGAAAAUAAAAAUAGAUAACAAAAUGGUA